AUGGUUGAGGAGAUUAAGCAAAUGGAUUUCGACCUUUCAAAAUACACGUUUAUGAGAGCUCUAUCUGUGUUUACAUCAAUGAAAAAAUCGACAUGGAAGCAGAAAUUGGAGGCUUAUCGAAGGUGGGGUUUUUCUGAGAAUGAGAUUCUCUUGGCAUUUAGGAGGUACCCUUCUUUUAUGACAGCGUCUGAGAAGAAGAUAAUGAGCCAUAUGAAUUUCUUUGUUAACAAAAUGGGUUGGGAACGGGAAGUUAUCAUCACGCGCCCGCAACUUCUUGCGCUUAGCUUGGAGAAGAGGAUUCUUCCAAGGUGUUCAGUUUUACAAGUAUUGAUAUUGAAAGGUUUGGUGAAGGAAGAUCUUAAAAUUGGACAUCUGUUGAUAAAGAGUGAGAAGCAUUUCUUGGAAAAUUUUGUGAAAAUAUAUGAGAAAGAAGUUCCUCAUCUUUUGGAUUUAUACAAAGGAAUUACUAGUCUGCUAGGACUAGGAGAUGGAAUUGAGGAAGUGGGUUGA